GCGCUGUCUUCUUCACUGGCUCUCGCGUGAUUACGCAAUAACAACAAACGUCAAGCUGUACAGAUGUAUGUCUGAUAGUCACGUACGCGUUCUCUUCUUUCCGUUCGUUUUCUGAUGGUCUGAGCCGAUAAAGUGAACUUUAUCGUUUCUAGUUUGUGUAUUCAUUUUUUUGCUUAGCCUUUAUGAGAGAAUUAGCGCUUUAGUUGUACUCUGUAGUAGCGAAGCUGCUAUUUUGUAUAUUUGUCUGGGUCCUGUCCUGUUUUUGACGAUGCCUCAGGAAUCCCAGGAGGGGCAGCAACCGCUGCCGCUGGUCCGAUCUUUGGUUAGCCGGACACCGUCCUACGUGUUGUUCUGCAACUGCAGCCCGCGCGUCGUGAAGCCCGUCUGGAUCAACUUCCUUGGGGAGCCGCAGCCAUACGUAGAUAUACAGCCGUACACCGGACGAAGAAUGACAACUUAUGUAGGACAUCCAUGGAUGUUUCGGGAUGCAGAGACUGACGAUCCAAUGGUAGUCAAUAAUAAAGAGAUGUACUUGCCAGCCGCCCUUGAAAAUGGGCAAGUCUCAAUUGCCAACAUCACAUUACCGGUGUUGACCUUGCGAGAUCGCUGUCUGCAAGUUGUGAGACGGUUGGUGCGCAGAGAAGAUAUCUGCCAGCUGGAGAUCGCCCACUGCCUAAAAGAUGACCUUGCUCAGAGACCCAGCAUUCACGCCGAUCUACGACGCAUUAGCCAGCGAGUGGAACAGAAGUUACUGGAGAACAGAGAACAGCAAAACAGAUGAAAACAUGAACAUUAACUUUGUGAAUGAGGACAUAUUUACUGAGCAGACCUGUGCACGAGCACCAUAUAAAACAGACAAUAUAGCCUGGCACUGUUAAACACAAACCGGAGAUCACAAGAAAUAUUUUCUUAAGCAAAUGGAUGCUUUAAACAUGUAUCAAGCAAUACAUUCAGGCCCUUUAGUGAGAUGCACUGACAUGUGAGUCCAUAGGAAGAACUUUAGAAAAUGCAGAUUUUGUGUGGUUGUGUAGUAGACCGUGCAAUAGCUGAGAGCAUUAUUUCAUUUUUGGUUACAGCUCUCUGCGUACUUUUACUCUUUUACCAAUAACUAUAUUUGGAAAAAUGUUCUUUGUAAAUAAAAAGAGUGACUAUUUGUAA